GUACAAAUGAGAAGGAGAGUUAGGCAAGAAAAAGUGCAGUCCCACGCUACCUUAAGUACCGCAGCACGGUGCAUCUUGGAGGCAAUGGAGAAGCUGUCAAGCCCUUUGAUGGAUGCUAAAAAAAUGCCACCUCUUUUGCCGCUGAGUUCUCCUCCAGACAUAGAUGAACUGAAUGUUCCUGACCUUCAGCCCAAACGAAGAAAGCUGGACUCCCAGAAUGAGUCCCCGCAUCCACCUGUAAAGAGACUUGUGAAACCAAGGUUAAACCUUCAUUCAAUGCGUCGGGUCCGGUAUUCUAAACCAGCAAAGACUUCAACUCCUGAUUCCAGCAAAAUUUGCAACGGAGUAGACACAAAGUACCAAUGGAUGAGAGAGAAGACUUCGCCUGUGAAACAGCAAGCAGAACAAUGUGGAAGCUACAGAAAUGUGAGCGGUGUGAAAUGUGAAACUACGAGAAAUGUGACCAGCUACAACUUCGGUACUGCCGCAUCCAAUGGUCUGUCCUCAGGAAUGAGUAGUGGAGGCGGCAAAAUGAGAAGGGAAAGAGGAUUACACUAUUUAUCCAGAUCUGUACAAGAACAGGAAGUGGAGGAACCAGUGCUACCGAAAAUCCCCCUACCCAUCGGUACUGCGUCGCUGCCUCAGUUCAAUUUUAGUUUUGUUGGUAGUAGUGCUGUCUGGGCGUCACCAAGCGCUGUUUCAACAGCUGCAACGAGCAUGGCAACUCCAGCAGCUGCGACGGGCAUGGCAAUUCCAGCAGCAGCAAAGGGCGUUGCCACUCCAGAGGCAGCAACGGGCAUUGCAACGCCUGCUGCAGCGCUGGGCAUGGCAAUGCCGGCAGCAGCGACGGGAAGAGCGAAUCCAGCAGAAGCAAAAGGCAUGGGAAGCCCUGCAGAAGGAGCUGGCCUGGAUAAUCGAGCGGCGAAAACAGGAAUUUCAAGAAGAGUGGAAGCGACGGGCACGGGCCAUGGAGAAGCAGCGGGAGAUAUGGGAAGUCGCAAAGCAGAUGCGGUUGCAGGAAAUGCAGCAGCAGGCGAGGGAAACCCGGCAGUAGCGCCGGGGGUGGGAAAUCCAGCUGCAGCGCCGGGGGCGGGCAAUCCAUCAGCAGCGGAGGCGAACAUGACAUAUCUAGAGGAGGAAGAGGAGGCGGAGGAAGAGGAGGUAGAACAAAUGACAUACUCAGUGGCAGGGGGGAGCGUGACAUAUCCAACGGUGUCGGCGGGCGUGACAUACCCAGCAGUGGCGACGGGCAUACCUUAUCUAACACUGGCAAAGAGCAAGACAAAUUCAGCGGCGACGACUACGACGAGCAUGACAAAUUCAAUGGCGGCGGGAGACGUGGCAAUCACGGCGGCGGGCCAGCGAGGAGGUUGGGUAUGCACAAGAGGCUGGGAGGGCACCCAGCCAGGACAACCGACCCCAGAGGACCAAGGGGAUACUCCACACCAUUUAGCAUCAUUCCCAGCAAUAAAUGGUGGGGGAAAGAAGGGGAAGGAGCUGGGGCAGAUUGGGUUUACAUUUAGUGUUCCCGUUGUAAAAUCAUCAGAGCUUUCUGGAUCCGGUGAUACGCCCGUGACGUCCUUUCUUACCCUAGAAACUAGCUCAUCCGCAUCCACCAACAAUGAGCAAGAGGAGAAGGAAGGUUUUGUUGCUGUUCCCUUCAGAGUUCCCUUUAAAUAUGGACGAGGAUUAAAGGAAGGAAGCGUCUUAGAUGUCCUAAAAAACCCUGGAAUUCUUCUUCCUUAUGUGAGAUGCCUCUCCUCACUACCUAGCUGCCAGUCACUCUCUCAGGCCAGGAACGACGACAGGAGGCCCAUUAAUGGAACGCAAGGAGAAAGCAGACCAGGAACAGGCACUAACUUGGCUGAGGGGAAAACUCAAAACCCAGAUGCAAGGCCAGGAACUAAGAGGCAUAAAAAAAAAGUGCCUCCAAAAACAAAACAAAACAAAACAAAAAAACACCCCAAAAGCCACAGUUAAAAAGGAAGUGUGAUAACUACAGAAAAGAGGAGAGAAACAGCCAUAACAACACAGGUUGCCUCCCUCAUUUAGUAUUCUGAAGAACAAGGAUUUCCAAAAAUAUGAUUGGCGUUUUUCAGUAGCUUUUACUUACGCAGGCUUUAGUGUUCUUCCUCUAGAACACCUCUACAUAACUUACCUAGAGAGUGUUACUCACAAGAUCCUUCAGAAGAACUCAUGCUCAAAUAAUCCAAACUGCAAAGCUUAACGUUUUGCCCCCAACCUGCUUCGGUUGUUAUGAUCAAGCAUCCAGAGGACAACCACCAAUUACCAAAUUAGCAGAGGAAAUCACAGGACUAGAACACCCAACUCAGAGUGAACCAGCCAUUUCAGCUUUACAUUUACUAGGAAUUCUGAGUAUGGUUCUGGGAUCCAUUUAGACACUACAAACCUGAAUUUCUCACCACAGGAUCUUACCUGGUUUGCCAUGGUUGAAAGAAUCUGUCUUCUGUCUUUCUCAAGGAAUGCAGCUGCAAACGCUCAGUUUAUUGCAGUCCGUCAGCUAGAAAAAAAUGUGAGGGAGGGGCAAGAAUAAUCUUAACUUUGAGGUCAGUUUCUUAGAUGCUCACCCUGUCCAACGCUUUUAAUAUUAUUAAUUCACAACUUGGGAGUUUCAUUUCUGAUGUGUCUCAAUUGUUUUAGCCAUGACAAGAAGGAUACAUAGCCAAGGGGACUACGAUUAGAAGUCUUCUUCAUUUUCUUAAACUGUAGUAGUCCACAAAGUUUUCGCGUUGUCCAAGACACUAAGAAAUUGUGAGCUUUUAAGUGACCUACACCUUAUCCUUAUUUCUAAAAGAACAUGCAAUAUUGUAAUUUAAUAGUUCCAUGUUCUGAAGUAAUUAAAAGCGAGGCAACAAAGAUAGAAGCUUUCAUGUUUUCUACAACUCCUCAAGUCCCCCCCCACACAUUUAGAGACAAAUUAGAAGUUGUAUCUGCUUGUGGUUACCAGUUACACAGCUGGAAACAAGCAGUUGUACUUCCUACCUGCUAAAGGAGCAGAGAUGUUAAGAGACAAAGCAGGGUACAGCACAGAUAAGUAUGACCCUUCUCUGCACCUUUCCUUAGGUGCAUCUUCUUGUCUUCCACCUCUUCUGGCUGACAGGCACCAAAUGCUGGGCCAGCAGCAGGUGCUGAAGACCCAGAGCCAAACACAAACGAAGAGGACAACCCUCAGGGAACAGAAGAGAAAUUUCAGUAUAUGCAGGGCUUUUUUCUUUGUUUGUUUGUUUGUUUGUGUUGCAGAAUGGCUACGCAUCACAUUUUCCAAGUCUGGUAAACGAAUACUUCAAAUAUUUGAGAUAGAUCUUAAUGUUUACAGACAAGUAUGUAAAACAACAAACUACCUCAGUCCUAUCCCGGCUGGCUGCUUUUCAUGUUACUUACAAGAAAAGGUGCAUGUUAACAACUCGGACAACAUUCAUCUCAAACACAUUGGCUGUCUAGGCUGAAAUUACUGUCUUAGGCAUUCAUGUUCUAGAAACAAACUCCCACAAACGGUACACGUUAAUUUAUAUUUACUAAGAGCUGCUUCUAUCACUUAUAUAUACAUAGAACAUUAAAAUACAUAAAUCAGCAUAUAUAUAAAUAUAUAUAUAUAUAUAUAUAUAUAUUUAUAUAUAUAUAAAGGUUCAAAAUACAGCUCCUGAUCUAUUAGGACCUGUAUUUUCAUUCUUGCCAGCAGCUGCACCCCUUCCCUGUCCAAGUGUUUACCAUUAUCAGUUCUGGAGGCCAAAUCACGCCUGCAGGAAUCUAACUAUACUCAAAAACUCAGUUUAGUAGAGUAAUUCUGUCCCUUCCCAUAACGGAUAACAAGCUCAUUCAAUUAGCUGUUUCGGUUCUUCAAGGCCAGCAGAAAUAAUGAAACAACAAUACGUGAUUGAACAAUGACUCUGAACAUACAGCACAUCUGCUGAGCAAAAAGGGACAUUUUCAACAGCACUAUUAAUUGGAAUGUAAUGUAAGCAGCCAUCGUGCAACAGAAAACACCAUCUACUGCACCGUAACUUGGAAUGGCUGGCUGCUUUUCUUUCCAAGAAGAAAAACAUAAAUGGUAGCAGUUAACACAGACCUGAGGCUUCUGCAUUGGAACAACAACAACAGCAAAUCUUUUGCGAAGAUUUUUGAAAGAUGGCUUAAUCUGCAGGUUCAGUUGAUCUGCUUAUGGCUGUAAUUUAGUAUGGCUCUUUCUCUGCAUGUGGUAUACAAAAAUUAGUGUAAAUUUAAUUUCCAGGAAUGACAAGAUUAAGCCCUCAGAUCAAAAUGAAAUUGAACCUGUAAGGAAGAUACUACAUCUGUCUCCAAGGACUGCUAAGCUAGCAGGAAUACCCAUUCCAUUACUUAUUGCGUUAACGUUUUUCUUUGGUCUGCUAUCUAAUGGCAAAAAUGAGAAAAACGUCUUUUUAAAUGUACCUGUUGAACUUGAUGUGGUUGUGGCUCCAAAGGUAAAUCCAGGGUUUGCAUUGCUACUGCUGGCUCCUGAACCGAAGACAAACGGAGCAACGGCUACACCAGUGCUGGAAGAUGUGGUUGCUGGUUUGUUUUCUUGGGAGAAGCCAAAGGACUGAGAUGUCGUAGAUUCUGCAGAGUUGCCAAAUGUGGAGCUGCUCACAGUGUUGCUGGCUUGUCCAAACACAAAAGGUGCAGGGACCGGUGCAGGGUUGGAGGAAGAGGUGACGCUGCCAAACACGCUGCUGCUGUUGGCUGAAGUGGUGGGUAUGGCUGCGCUGGAGGAAGCAGAGCUCAAAAAGCUGAAGGAUGGUUUUGCUGCUCCUUGAUCUGAGAGGAAGAACACGACAUGAGCCACUGCAAGACGCCAAAGGAACUACAGCAGACUCCGUUUCAAUCCCUGUACAAAGAGCAAUCCUGAACGACACCUCGGUUACGCUCCAGGUACUGGUGAUUCCGUCAGAUCCAGAUUUAACAUGCUGAUUGCUGCCAUCCACAAAUCAAGGAGUGGAAGACUUGUGAUGAGCAAGGACGCCCCCCUGCAGUCUCGAGGCUUUAUGUAUUGGUCACAAACACCAAGAGUUGGCUGUAAUUAUCUGAACCAGUAUUAAGCAGUACCUCUGACCUCUUCAAACAAAAAUAUCUUUCAGGUACUCUUAUAAGAACAACAUCAAUUGCCUGCACCAGUUUUAUGGCCUUGCUAAAGGGAGCACUGAAAAGCACAGUGGUACAGCUUCUUUUGUAGCCUGUUCAGAAAUGACAGCCCUGUGCCUACAGCUUCAGAUCAGGCCAAGCUUACCAGCCCAACUCUUACAGCUAAGUUCACUGCACCUGAAUGCCUUGAAGACGUGCUUUUAGGAGCCAUGGAGAAGAACCUGCUGUUAAGACCACCGUUACAAAGUACUGAGUGUUGUUUUACACUUCAAAUAGAACUAUCUGCUAAAGUCAUUCAUCAGCUUUCCCUAAGCUGCUGCUCUCUCAUUACUGAAUGUGUUCCUGCUCUCAGUUUCCCACUAACUUUUUCCCCCAGCCUUUAUGGCCCCUUUUCAUCUACGACACUUUUAAGGGACUACAUCAUGGUGAAAAAUGCUGGUUAACACUUCCUUUUACACAAGGUGCCUCAUGAAAUUUUCCUGACUAAACCAAACCCCAGAACUUUAACUAGAAGGGGAAGUAAACAAACACACACACCUCCCCUGCCACCAAAUCUCCCCAAAACAGAUCUGUUCAGGAACAGAUCAACUAGAAGAAUACUGCGAUUAAAAUCAGUAUAGCCCUCAACACUGCUUUUGUUCAGGAUUACUAGCCAACGUCCUUUCCCUGACCACUUCUGGAAUUAAUACUGAAUUCCAUACUCUAAAGCAUGGCUGGUAAGUCAUACAAAUGACAGUUAGCAAUCAGAAUUUUUCCACGCAGUGAUCAUCAAUAAGAACUCCAAUCCUCUACUGCAGCCUUUUAACAAAGUAAAGGAAAGCAGAACUGUGUAGUGACUGUUAAGUGAUUUUUGGACUUUCGUAGUAGUAGAGAAACAGCACUACGCUCUGUAGCACAGGCACAAGUACAUGGGAGUAAGAUCCUCGCUCUCAUCUCUUGUUUCUCUGAAAAACGCUCGGGUGAGGCCUCUAUUUCACCAUACUAAUGAUUUUACCACCAGCUGUACUGCUAGCAUUGAGACAGUCCAACUUCUGUGCUUGUACAAGAUUAAGUUCCUUAAGUUCCUUAAGGUGUCACAAUUUUUUGCCUAAACCUAGUGUCAAAACUCUUUGAGAUCAAAAAAGGAAUUGCUGCUAAUUGUGUACAUAUCAGUAACUAGGGCAGAAAACACACAAUGCAUGAAUUAAACUUUUUCUAAAGCUCUAGUACACGAACAUAUCAAAUCUCACCAAUUUUUUUUCUAGUAUAGUUUCAGAGUUCUUCUUUGAUGGACAUAAGCAGACAAGCAAAGACAAAAGAUAGGAUGAAACUCCAAAUUUGAAGUCCCCUGGUGUACUAGAAAACUUAAAUCCCCCAACCACAUUGUUGGAGGAUGCAGAUUCAGAGGCAAUGCCAAACUUGAAGCCCCCUUAUUCUCCAAAUUUGAAACUUCCCGUGCUAUCUAACGUAUGAGAAGACUCAGAGGAUGAGGACGACUGAACACCAAAUGUAAAUGAUGGUAAGGCAGCAUUUGUGGACACAGUAGCAGAACCAAAACCUGCAGAAAUAAGUGAACAUCAGGUUUGUAACCCAUGGGGUACCUGCAGUACAUGAAGGUUUUAACAACACUCUAGUCCUGAUCUUUCCAGUCAAAACUGUUUAAAAAACAACCCACCAAAUAGUAAAACAAGAAAACCCCAUGCUUCCUCCCUACAUCAACCUUUUCACAAUUGUGUUUUCUGUCUACCACCUGGCUUUAAAAAGUACACAAACUUCUUUGAAAGAUCAUGUUUUUAGUCUGCACUCCAAAUGAACAACACGUAGGGCAUGUGAAGAACAAGCAUGUCAUUAAUGAAAGUUUUUCUCUAGAAAGGAUAAAUUUAUUCUUGGGGAAAAGUGUGGAAACAGCUGUUAUCUUAUCGAGGCAAUAUUCCUAUAGGAAAAAUGAACAAGUACACCACACCUCAAAGGAAAAAAUAAUUGUGCUUGAAAAGUAAGAAAACAAAAAAAAAUCAGAGCAAAACAAAAAAUAAAACACAGAACAUGCAUCCUCGUUUUAAUCAGUAAGCGUUACCUUUGAGAUCUGCUUUGGCGCCUGGCUUUGCACUUUCACAGGCUACACACUUUGUGGCCUCUGCUUUGUUUCAAACCGAGCAGGUCUCACAAUCCCAGCUUCCUUCAGGCUUCUUAAAUUUGUCUCAAUCCAGAAAUUCUCCAGAAGGAGCAGAAAACGUCAAUGCACUGCUACUGGUCACAGGUGUUAGACCCUCUACAAGAAAAACAAGACAGUUAACCAUCCUGUUUGAACAUCAACUAUAAAAUGAACAUUAACUUUUAAAUUUGGUUUAUUAGACCCCACAGAAAUGUUCAAAACAACUCUGAGACGGCCCCCUCCACCCCAGAAAAAACAAAAGCCAUCAAAAACCCACAAAGAAGUCCAAGAGAAUCAACUCUGUCUGAAAUCCAUUACCUUACCUCACGAAAUUUCAGUCUUACUGUACAGGAUGAUUACAAAAGCCCAAUCUAGUCCAUCUCAAUUUGUUUCAUCCCAGAUAUAUUUGCAAAGGUGUUUUUUGAUGCAAUGGCAUAUUAAGUGACGUUUAGAGUCAAAGUUAAAAUCAGAAUCGUAUUUUAAAAACAAUACAACCACGCUCAAAAUCAAUUACAGCCGCGCACAAUGGGAAACAACCCAGGACUGCCCUCAACAAGUUACCCAGCGGGUCACUCACUUUCUUGAAGCCUAUCACUGACCUUCAUAGGCAUCUCUCUGCUUUAGCUUAAGACCAGUUAAGACUACAGUACUGUCUUGAAAUCUGGCUUUGCCUCAAUUACAUACAAAUGGUGAGUAGAGGCAUUUUGGCCAUAUUUUGGAAUUAUUUUUACUUAUUUCUGAAAGAGAAAAAACACAGCAAUUUUUAUCUCUUUCUAUGGAGUUCUCAUUUGCGCCAGUGAAAAAUCAGUACGUCGUUUUUGAAUUAAGUCACCCAGUCCAGCCAUCUUCCCUCACCAGCUGCAAAGCAGGGCAUAUUUGCAUUGAUCCAGCUCCGUACCAAUAGGUUUCACAACCGCUUCAAUUUAUGCGACAGGCUGGAACCUGGGCUGAGACCUCUGAAGUGCCUGUAAACCAAUCCUGCAGGCAGCCUCUAAUCCAUCAACUGGAUCUGGGAAUCACGUUGCUUAAAAUGUUCCAUAAAUGCAACGUACUUUUCUUCUGUACAAGAUUCACAGAGGCUAAGAUGGAAACAACAGGAAAAAAAAAAAAAGGACCAUACCUGGUUUCUCAGACUGACAAGCUACACAUUUGUUAUUUUCUGCCUUAUUUGAUACAAGACAUAUUGCACAGUCCCAAGAGCCUUUCGGCUUCUUAAAUUUGUCUCCAAAGUCCAGAGUGAGUGUCGUGUCAGUGCUGCUCGAGGAGGAUGUCACUGUCAUUCUAGCUCAUAAGUUUUAAAGCACAAUGAUAGGUUGGGGUUUUUUUGCUAUGCUUUUGACAGUUUCUGUAAUCUUUUUGUUCAUCACUCUCUUCUUGGAGCAUCAUGAAAUCAUGUAAAUAUUCUAGAAAUGUAAAGAGUUAAAUGGGGUCUAAAGAUAGACUUGCCUGUGUAAAUAAAAAUUUGUUUCUGCAAACCUGCCAGCAAGGGAUUUACUUGUACCUGUGUGCAGCACGUUCUCUUCUGGCUUGUGAAACUUAACAAGGUAGUAAGGGUAUUUCAUCUGCCUUUAUUUUUAUAUGGGUGUUAGGACACAAGCGAAAUCUCGUUUUCACUUGUUUUCCUGGUCACUUAGGUAAGUGACAAGCCAAGCCCUUCAUGUGCUUGCUUAGACUGGGAGUGUGUAUGGGAGACACUUUCAGGCCUUGCUGUGGAAACAGCUGUCUGCUCCUUCCUGCAGGCUGCUGGCUCUAACUGUACUGCUGAUAUCUGCUAGGUCAGCUGAAAUUGGCUUCUAAAUCUGGUAUUUUAAGCAUAUGGAAGCGUAGACUUGAACUGCCGUAGCUACAAACAUCCCAUGGAACGAGGAUGAAGUCUGUUGGCACUCUGCAUCAGCAUUCAGCUUUCCCUUGACCUUCUUACUGGUAGACUUCUCAGCUGACUUACAGCAAAGAUGUUGCUGCAAUAUAAUACAUAUUCUUAACCUAACAAAAAAAAUCUUGGAGAAAACAGUUUGCUGGCUUAAAGAAGGAAAAAUAACACCAGGAACAAUAAAAAAAAAAAAUCCUAGUAACAGCUCCUUAAGUUAUAUCCUCUGCUACUCUCUAAUUUCUCUGGUCUUCCUUCAUUCAUGGUAAUGAAGUUUAUAAAGCUUUGGUAGAAGGAUGACAGUAUUCAAGUCAAAGGAGACGAAAGCAAUGAGGAAAGCUUUGCUUGAAGCUAGAGCAGUCUUGCAAGUUGCUGCCUUUAUAUGCUGUUCUCAUCUCGAAGGGUGUAGAGUAUUUUCCAGUCAUAGGGACUCCAUAACCCUAUGAGUAUUGAGAAAUAGUUGCUAAUUAACAGUGUAUAUAAUAAUUAACUGAGGCUGGAAACAAAAGAAUAUUCUUCCAAGAAAAAAAAGGAAGCAGAAAUUACUGUACUUAAUAGCUGUGGAAGCUGUUAAACCUAGCCGACACAGCUUUGGUACUGCCCUGUGUGUUUUGGGGGCAAUAUAAACCAUAAUUACUGUGAUGGCAGGUAAGAAUCAAAUUCUUAUGGCUUAGUGUAGUUAGGGAAAGUAGCAGUCGUAAGCUGGGUGCUGUUCUUGAAUGUAAUACAAAUUCUCCUUUGUGACUCCUCAGUACUUAGAGGUUACUUCUAGCUGAUCAGCAGAAACAGCUUCUGUUUGCUAUUAGCUGUUGGGUUUUUGCUAGGAGUGUUUUCAGUCCUGAAUUGAAAUGACGACAUCCUGAAACAGAAAAGGCUUUUGGAGUGUUACAGGAAACAUGUUCUUCGUGGUUCUAGUGCCGGUGUACAUGUAGGAAGAGACAGAAGGCAAGGAACCUCACGUAGGCGGAGGGGGUGAGGUGGGUGAGGUGGCAUCACAGUUUGAGCCGUUGCAGUUAGAUCUUCCCAAAGCAUGGAAGCAAUGUGGCGGGGAAUCAGGGGCUUGGUGGGUUGCUUCCUUGUGUGAGCCAGUGAGUCUUUAGAGGGGCAGAUUAAUAAGACAGGAGUUAGAGGUGGAAUAGAUGAAGCAAAGAAAAUCUGUCUGGGAAAAGGGUUGCUUGUAUGUGUAUUUGGAAUUGUUUCAGGGGAUUGAGCUGGGGCAGAUUCAAGGUAAUAGAUGCAGCCUCCUUGAAUUUGGAUGGCAGUGCUGAAGCUUCAGAGCCUUACAAGGUUUGAUGCCACUUCAAUUGUAGUGCGAUUUUUUUUUUAACCUAUUUUCUUCAAUGUGAGCAGCAAGGCAGCUUCCAGGUGUGUGCCUGCUUUGACAUGGCUUGCUUUGCAUCACCAAACACAGUAGUUAGGUUGCAUCGAGUACUUUGUGGAAACACUCGUUGUGUUGUCAACUGAAAAGGUAGUGCUACAGAUGUGUUGGCCCAGCAGAAACAAUGUGAAGUAUCAGUGCUGUUUUUUGGCCUUUGAGAGGCUGGUCCCUAACAUGUGACUUGUAAUGAGGGUCCAAUUAACUUCAAUUAAUCAAUUAACUUGAGUGACUCACGUUAAUAGACACCGUUUGACUGUAUCGGCAAAUAUUUCUGAGUCAUGAGUGUCAUUAAAGGCCCGUCACCCUAUGGAAAUCCUUCUAAAUAAGAAAAAUGGAAUUAAAAUAAAUAAAUAAAGCAGCAUUUGAACUUAUGAGCAAA